AUGGCGCUCCGUGGACCCCUCCGGCCGCGCAAAGUUCGCAGGAGGCGAGAGAUGCUGCCGCAGCAAGUUGGCUUCGUAUGCGCCGUGCUGGCGCUGGUGUGCUGUGCGUCCGGCCUCUUCGGAAGCUUGGGCCACAAAACAGCUUCUGCUAGCAAACGUGUGCUUCCAGACACGUGGCGAAAUAGAAAGUUGAUGGCACCAAUAAAUGGGACUCCGCUGGCUAAGAACUGCACAGAUCCUGCGAUUCAUGAGUUCCCCACUGACCUGUUCUCCAACAAAGAGCGACAGCACGGCGCUGUCCUGCUACACAUCCUCGGUGCUCUCUAUAUGUUCUACGCCCUGGCCAUCGUGUGUGAUGACUUCUUUGUCCCGUCCCUAGAGAAGAUCUGUGAGAAACUUCAUCUGAGUGAAGACGUAGCCGGCGCCACCUUCAUGGCAGCAGGAAGCUCGACGCCAGAGCUGUUUGCUUCUGUCAUUGGUGUGUUCAUCACCCACGGAGAUGUUGGUGUGGGCACGAUCGUGGGCUCUGCCGUGUUCAACAUCCUGUGUAUCAUCGGAGUGUGUGGACUCUUUGCUGGACAGGUGGUGCGGCUGACAUGGUGGGCUGUUUGCCGUGACUCCGUGUACUACACACUCUCUGUGGUUGUGCUCAUUGCGUUCAUAUACGAUGAGGAAAUUGUGUGGUGGGAAGGCCUGGUGCUCAUCAUCUUGUACGUGUUUUAUAUUCUCAUCAUGAAGUACAAUAUGAAGAUGCAGGCGUUUUUCACAACCAAACAAAAGAGCAUUGCAAAUGGUAACCCGGUCAGCAGCGAGCUGGAAGAUGGUAAUGACCUCUAUGAUGGUAGCUAUGACGACCCUUCUGUGCCAUUGCUGGGGCAAGUGAAGGAGAAGCCUACCUACAGCAAGACCCCGGUGGUGAUGGUGGAUGAGAUUCUGAGUUCCAGCCCUCCCAAGUUCACGUUCCCAGAGGCUGGCCUGCGAAUCAUGAUCACCAACAAGUUUGGGCCCAGGACCCGACUACGGAUGGCCAGCAGGAUCAUAAUUAACGAACGACAGAGGUUGAUCAACUCAGCCAAUGGUGUAAAUAGCAAGCCCCUGCAAAAUGGGAGACACGAGAACAUGGAGAACGGAAACAUUCCUGCGGAGAACCCUGAAGACCCGCAGCAGGGCCAGGAGCAGCAGCCGCCACCACAGCCACCGCCACCCCCAGAGCCAGAGUCAGUAGAGACAGUCUUCCUGUCGCCCUUCUCAAUGCCUGAGACAAAAGGCGACAAGGCUAAGUGGGUGUUCACCUGGCCCCUCAUCUUCCUCCUGUGUAUCACCAUCCCCAACUGCAGCAAGCCCCGCUGGGAGAAGUUCUUCAUGGUCACCUUCAUCACAGCCACGCUAUGGAUCGCCGUGUUCUCCUACCUCAUGGUGUGGCUGGUGACUAUUAUCGGAUACACGCUGGGCAUUCCCGAUGUCAUCAUGGGCAUCACCUUCCUGGCGGCAGGCACAAGCGUUCCAGACUGCAUGGCCAGCUUGAUUGUGGCAAGGCAAGGACUUGGAGACAUGGCAGUCUCUAACACCAUCGGCAGCAAUGUGUUUGACAUCCUCGUGGGACUUGGCAUCCCGUGGGGCCUGCAGACCAUGGUUAUUAAUUAUGGAUCCACUGUUAAGAUCAACAGCCGGGGUCUGGUCUAUUCCGUGGUGCUGCUGCUGGGCUCCGUCGCUCUCACUGUCCUUGGCAUCCACCUCAACAAAUGGCGCCUGGACCGGAAGCUGGGCAUCUACGUGUUGGUCCUCUAUGCCAUCUUCCUGUGCUUCUCCAUAAUGAUAGAGUUUAAUGUCUUCACCUUCGUCAACUUGCCCAUGUGCAGAGAAGACGACUAAAGCUGAGCUGCUGCCCGGGAAACUGCUGCGGCCACCAUGACGCUGGCGUCCUCUCUCUCUCCUUCUCCACACAGGUCUCUCCCGCCUUGGCAGCAGCUGUCAAUUCUUUCAUGAGCUGGAAGGAAGGGCCACCCUGGGCUUUGUCUGAUCAUGGUCCAGGCUGCUAGGCAUCCGUCCCUGCACGGCAGGGUCCAGCCAUUGUCUGAGCAGCUCCACAGA